GAAGAGCCCUCAGAGAGCAAAACAGGAGCAGCUGCCUCAGCCUCCUGCCUGAUCCUUCAAAAGGGCAGUCAAGGGUGUCUCUGGGGAAGAGGUGGUGGUUAGUGUUCUCAGUGCUUUGGUGGUAGAGACUGCUCAACAGCCAGGUCUGACAGCAGUUUCAGUUCUGCAGUGUGGAGAUACUUGGCCAUUAUCCAGCUGCUUGGUUUGGGGCCUGUCCUUUGGUACAGCUGAUGUUGGAGCGGAUUUCCACAGGGUCUCCGAGGGUGUUGAUGAGGCUUGCAUCCUCACUGUGGGGAAUGUUGUUUUCAGCCAGCUCCCUCAUCCACUCUGUGGACAGUGCUGCACGGUAGUCCCCCUGCCAUGAGAAACACCAUCACAGCCUUUCUUUAAGUUGCAGCUGGUCUGUUGACAGCAGAGCUGCAAACUGAGCGCUGAGCACUGCACACUUACUGUGAAAGGGCCCAGGUAGGCCACAAAGCCCGCUGCAACCAGCACAUCCCCAGAGCUGUUGUUGAUUUUGUCAUCCAGGCUCUCCACAGUGUCCUGCCAGCGCACCUUCUCAUCAGCCAAGCUGUUGAUGAGCUGUGGGAUAAGUUGCACAUGUGAGAGCUGCUGUGUGGUCUAACCUCGUGUCCUGGACCUGUUACUCUCUGGAUGACGCUGCAGUGCUGACCAUCCUUGCCAUGUUCAGCUGGAGAUCUUCCCAGGCCCUCCCACUGGACACUGUCAGCAGAGCAGCGGACUUUAUGGCAACGCUGAGGCUGAUCUACCCCCAUGCAGACACCCUCUGUGAGAAGGACUUUGAGCAGCUCUUUGACUGCCCUGAGACAAGUCAAUUCCUCGAGUGGUUCUGCAGCACGGUGGGUCAGGAGAAUGUGCUGAGCCCAGCUGAGGUGGAGGCCUAUGAGGCCCUGCUGGCUGCAGGCAAACCCAUCUUGGAAGGUGAUGCCCUGGAAGAUGCCCUGCAGAUGUGCUGCCAGGUCCCACAGCUCCCGAGCUCCAUAGUGGAUGAGGGGCCCUCUGAAGAGGCCCUGGAGCAGCAGCUUCAGGAGCUGAAGCGCUAUCGUGACCUCCAGAUCUGGAGGCACAGGAAGCUGUUGGCUUGGACGAACAAGCUGCAGCAGGAACAGAAGUAUUUGGAGAAGGAGGAGAAAGUGGUGAAGCAGGAGUUGAGGAUGGCUCAUAUGGACCUGAAGGCGAAGAUCUUUAAAACCAGAGCUGCCUUGAGCCAGGCCAGCAAGACUGCAGAGCAGGUGUCAGAGUGUCGUGGGAACAUGGGGAUGGGCCAGCUGCCAACACUGCUGUGCCAGAUGGAUCUUGCUCCUUACCUGGAGCAAGAACAACAAACAGCUGAUAUGCUUGAGAGCUUCAUCCAGCAGGUCCUACCAGAGAGUGUUCAGGCUCCAGAUGUUUGGGAAGCAAGUGCACAGGGAGAGAGCAGCCUGAAGGAAGGGCUGGAGGCUGAGACACAAAUGGACUCAUACUGUGAAAUACUGGAAGAAAGAAGAGGAGCUCCUUAUCAAGAAUGCACAGAAUCACUGUGGGGGGUGGCACCAGCAAGUUGGGGAAUACUGGUCCAAAACUCAGAGGCAGAGCCCCUAGUGGAGGGAAGGAAUGAGAGAGAUGUGUCGAGCAUGGAGAGCGAGGAGAGAGAUGGCAGCCAGGAAGUCACAGAGAGAAGGGACACCAAGAAAACAUCAAUGCCAAAAAAUGUUAGGACUGAUAAAGAUGAGCUGCCGGAGGACAAAGACGGCUUCUGGAAGGAGCUGGGCCGAAUAGAGACAGCAUAUAUCUGUGCCCGGAGGGAGGUUAUAGUCACAGCAGCAAAAGUGGAAGGCACCCGGGCUGCGCUGGAGUGGGCCCAGAGGACUCUGGAACCUUUUGAGGAUAACCAGCAGGCUGUCGAGGCUGAGCUCCAGAACCAGGAUGACGUGCUCCAGAGGCAGCUUCAUGCCCUGCAUUUCGACAUCAUGCAGACUCUGACACACCAGCUGCAGCCCCUGCUGAAGGCAGAGGCCCGCCGCUUUUGCAUGCCCGUCCUGCACAAGCACUUCAGCCUGGAAAUUGCCCGCCUCCAGAACAUUGCCAGGAGGCAGGAGGAGGCGGCUGCAUGGCUUUUGGGCCAGCAGAGCCGCCUGGAUCUGCUGGAGCUCCAGCUGAAACGGGAGAGAAAGGAGCUGGAAGAGAAGGCUGCUUGGCUGGAGAAGAUCGAAACCGCCACCAAAAAAUCCCAGACCAGGCUGCAGGAGCAGCAGAACUACUUCAGAGAUGCCAGGCCCACCCAGAAGCGUCAUCCACACAAAUGGAUAGGCUCCGAAGACCUCACUGCUAUACGGCUCUGGGACAUGCUGAUGGAGAAAGAUCAGGCAAAGCAGCCCUUCCGCAGCUAUGAGGCCAUGGCUGCCAAGUGCUCCCAGCUGGUUGAGGACAAGAGGGCACUGGAAGCCCAGCUGGAAGCUCCUAUGCCCCAGGUGUCUGCCAUGGAGUCCUCCAUAGAGCACCUCUAUCACCAGCUGUACAACAGCUCCAACCAGCUGCAGCUGUCCUCACCGGAGAUCUCUGAGCUGAUGCAGCAAUUGACCAUUGUGCAGGAUGACCUCUACCAAAAGCUGGCAGGCCUCCUGAGUGACCUGAAGAUCAAGCGCAGGUCUCUGGAGAACCCCAUCCUGCAAGCAGAGCGCAACCUUUACGUGCAUUAUUACUGCAACGAGGAUCGGCUGAGAGAGGUGGUGGAGGAGCUGGAGAAGCAGGCAUCAGCUUCCUCCAGGAGACCCCUGAGUGAGCUGCCCUAUGGAAAGGAGUAGGUCCAAGGGGUCCUUGCUCCCUGCCACAGUAGUGGUGUCACCUUUUGGUUGGGCUGGGUCCUUAAUUCUGGGCUGGGAGAGAGCUCUGGUGGUCUCUGCUCUGGUGACAGGUUACUUGGGUCAUGACCUGGCAGCUGGAUUUAAAAGAAACUAGGAGCUUAAUCCUUAAAUACAGAGUUUCUGGGUGCUAGUUUAGAUGAUGUGUAAGAAAUUGAUGCAUCUUGUUGCACUGGAAGCCCUGGAUCGAUGAGACACUUCUCGUGUCAGCUCUGCAAGAGGAUGGG